GUGGGAGUCGCCAGGCUACGAGCCGCGAUGAAGCCGAAACUGCAAUCGUGAGGGACUUAUCGCACAACCGGGUGAUAUAAGAGAGGAAGGGUGCGAACAGACGGUCAUCAAUCAUCCAUUCCCGCCUCCCUCACUUGGAGCGGCGGACUUGCAGCCUUGUGGCUUUUGGCAGGCUACCGACGUUUCCGCGCUAGUCAGCGCGCGCUGACCAUUCGAUGGCAUCACCGGCCGACACCGAGGCAACAUCCCUGCUCGACGGGAUGCGCUAUAGCACCAGGGAAGCCAAGCUCGACGAGAGCUUUUACGAUGAUGCCGAGACCGAGUUCGUCUCUGAACUCACAGGUAUCAAAGACCCGGUGGAGCUGAAGAAGCACGUCCUCCAAGUCCAGCGCGAGGCUUACGCGAUCUAUCCAUACCCUUGUAUUCGGAUUUGCGGCUUUGUGAAAACGAAAAUAUCUCGCUUUCCCGCCUACAAGGACCUCCUGCAGCUCGGAAAAGAACGCCCAGGUGCACUGUUUCUCGACGUUGGCUGCGGUGUUGGCAACGACACUAGGAAGGUUGUCUUGGAUGGAUUCCCAAACAAUCAAAUCAUCGCCUCGAACCUCCAUGCCGAAUUGUGGGACGUAGGCCACAAAGUGUUCAAGUCCACGCCCGAGUCAUUCCCAGUCAAGUUCGUCGCCGGCGACGUCUUCGACGACGCCUUCCUCGCGCGUAGCGGUCCAGUUGCGACGCCGGAGGCCGCGGAUGCCCUAGUGGCGGGCAGCGAGCCGUCAAUAGACUUGUCUGCUCUGACUUCGCUCACACCACUCCGCGGGAAGCUGUCAGCGAUCUACGCCUCGUCACUCUUCCACCUUUUCGACGAGGAGCGGCAGAGCGAGCUUGCACGCCGUCUCGCGUCGCUGCUCUCGCCCACUCCGGGUUCGUUCAUCUUCGGGGCGCACAUUGGGAAUCCCGAGAAGGGCUUGAUCCUUGACUAUCUGACUGCUAACGCCCCUGCGGGCACGCGCAUGUUCUGCCACAGCCCGGAGAGCUGGAAGGCGCUUUGGGAAGGAAUCUUUGGGGAGGGCAAGGUCGAGACGAACGCCGUGCUGACGACGGCCCAACGGCCGGACACGCCAGUGGGCGUGAAGACAGACUUUAUGGCCUGGUCCGUCAAGCGACUGUGAGGCUAUGGAAAGAUCAUUGUUCUACGCUUAAAUGCCUGGAUUCUUUUCCUUUGAUAUCAUUUAGUCCCCUGCGGUCUCUUACCUUAGUGCAUGACGAUGGAACUACCCGUGAAGCUGCUUGGAGGAGGAUCAAGACAAUGAGUGCAGGUCUGAAGAUAUUAGUUGACGUGCAACGUGAGUACGUGAACAAUAUAAUCACACGUACGCAGAAGUAGUCUGGCCUUUUAUAUCGCACCAGUUGAAGGACAGGUGCCGGGGCUCUACUAAAGCUAUCCCGCGCAUUGUUUUACGUUUC